GGGACCUCCGGGGUACAUAUCUUCAUUGUCUACGACCCAACACGGGUGACAGUGCCCACAGACAAAGACCACUGGCCCCUGGACACCAAUGUGGACCUGACUGUAUCCGUGGACACAGCCAGUAAGGCCUUAGAUGAUCUCAAGGUAAGAGGCCCUUCCCCACAGGACGGGACUGCACCUCCCCACCGGCACCCAAGGUUCACAAAUAUCCCGCGUUAAUCCUGUGCUCAACCUACACACAGACGCCCUAACAGGUCCCCCACGCUGGUGUAGGCAGGACCUGUGCGCGCACCUGGGCAGACGCAGGUGCACACGUAGAUGUGCGGCGUCUCCCACACCUAAACCGUCGGGAGGUCUUCUCUGGCUCAGAUGACAGCCUCCUCACUUGCCCCGGCCUCCCACAGUGACCUGAUUGGGCAGGGACAACGCAGGGACUGCGCAGCCUUGGAGAGCAGAGGCCCUGGGGCCCGCCGUGGGCUCAGACCUUGCCUCCUGGGCUGAGGCGCUGUGUGCCUGCCAACAGGGCCCUGAGUGGCCGCAUUACGCAUGGGCCCUGUCUCCUGGGGCCAUUCCGGGGGGCCGUGGAAGUGGCCUGGAGAGAGCGCUUGGCAUGGGUUCUGGAUCCUGGGAAAAGCUCAUCACCACUGGCUGCUAUUAUGGGAUGGAGGUCAUUGUUCCCAUUUUACAGGCGAAGAAACAGAGGCCUUGAGUAACUUGGCCCAAGUCAGUGGUGAUGGAUGGUCCUUCCCUCAUUCUUUCUCUCUGACAUCCCCCAUGAAUUCCUGAGGGCCCACCUGCUCCCUCUAGAAUCUGCCCGCACCCUGCCUAGCCCUGGAAGCUGGGGAGGCACCCACAGCCUCUCUAGCUGGAGGAGGCAGCUCAGGAUCCAAGCCUGGAGCCCGUGAGACACGGGCCUGCAGCAGCAGGGAGGACCUGGGGACCCCAGGCCUGCCCUGCCUCUAAGCAGGGGUGUUGGGAGGUGUGGGUCACCCCCGAACCCUUGGUCACUGCCAUCUCUGAGGGGGCGGCUGUGCUGGCUUAGGGCUGACCAUGUCCCCACAGGUGAAGGUCUCCUACUUUGGGCAGAGCGAGGACCAUGCCCUGGGCUGCAGUGAGCUCUAUCUCACUGGCGUCGACAUCUCCCUGGAUGUUGACACAGCCCGCAAGGGCAAGGCAAAGAGGAGCCAAGGCGACAAGAAAACCUGGCGCUGGGGCCCUGCGGGCUAUGGGGCUAUUCUGCUGGUGAACUGUGACCGCGACGAUCUCAGGUCCAGGGGGCUCGACCUUGAAAACAGCCAGCUGACGUCACUGGAGGACCUGAAGGACAUGUCCCCCAUGGUGCUGACCUGCGACGGCCCUGACAAGCUCUUCGACAACCACAAGCUGGUCCUGAACGUGCCGUUUUCUGAUUCCAAAAGAGUGGGCGUCUUCUGUGCUCGGGGUGGGAAUUCCCUCUCACACUACAAGCAGGUGCUGGGGCCCCAGCAUCUGUCCUACGAAGUCGAGCGGCAGCCCGGGGAGCAGAAGAUCAACUUUUAUGUGGAGGGGCUCACCUUCCCCAAUGCUGAUUUCUCGGGGCUGGUCUCCCUCAGCGUCAGCCUGGUGGACGUGGGGACCCUGCCCGAGGUGCCCAUCUUCACAGACACUGUGGCCUUCCGCAUGGCCCCCUGGAUCAUGACUCCCAACACCCAGCCCCCCCUGGAGCUGUAUGUGUGCAGCGUGAUAGACGCUCAUGGCACAAAUGAGAAAUUUCUGAAGGACAUGUCUGACCUGGUGUCAAAAGCCAAAUGCAAGCUGAUCAUCUGCCCGUGGGUUGAAAAUCGGAAUGAUCGCUGGAUCCAGGACGAGAUGGAAUUUGGCUACGUGGAGGCACCCCACAAAUCCUUCCCCGUGGUCUUUGACUCCCCCCGAAACAGGGGCCUGAAGGAGUUCUCCUAUAAUAGGAUCCUGGGCCCCGACUUUGGAUACGUAACCCAGGAAAUCCCUUUCGCUGGCGCCUCCGGCCUCGACUCCUUCGGCAACCUGGACGUCAGCCCACCGGUGACCGUGGGCGGCAAGGAGUACCCCCUGGGCCGGAUCCUCAUCGGCAGCAGCUUCCCCAAGACAGGUGGGCGGCGAAUGGCCAAGGUGUUGCGUGACUUCCUGCAGGCCCAGCAGGUGCAGGCGCCCGUGGAGCUCUACUCUGACUGGCUCUCCGUGGGCCACGUGGAUGAAUUCCUGACCUUCGUGCCCACCUCCGACCAAAAGGGCUUCCGGCUGCUCCUGGCGAGCCCCAGAGCUUGCCUUAAACUGUUCCAAGAGAAGAAAGAGGAGGGCCACGGGAAGGCGGUCCAGUUUGAUGGGUUAGAGGAGAAGGUGAAGAGAAGCAUUAAUGAAUUGCUGGCCGACAGAAGCCUCCGGAGCGACAGUCUGUAUGUGCAGAAAUGCAUCGACUGGAACCGGGAGGUGCUGAAGCGGGAGCUGGGCCUGACGGAGCGGGACAUCGUGGACAUCCCCCAGCUCUUCUACCUGAGGGGCCCCCACGCAGAAGCCUUCUUCCCCGACAUGGUCAACAUGGUGGUCUUAGGCAAGUACCUGGGCAUCCCCAAGCCCUACGGGCCCAUCAUCAACGGCCGCUGCUGCCUGGAGGAGAAGGUGCGGUCACUGCUGGAGCCGCUGGGCCUCCACUGCACCUUCAUUGACGACUACCUGUCCUACCACAAGCUGCUCGGGGAGAUCCACUGCGGCACCAACGUGCGCCGGCAGCCCUUCUCCUUCAAGUGGUGGCACAUGGUGCCCUGAGCUGCUCCCUACCCACCAUUCUCUCUGCCCACCUGUUGGGAAGCCUGCCAGAGUGAAAGCGAGGAACCUCUUCGUGGCCUCCAUCCUCUAAGGGGAGGCCUACUAGGCACAAUCUCUCAAGUGCCUGCAAACGUGCUGGCCACCGUGGGCACGGGGACACAGGGAUGGGCACCACACAUCCUCACCUCUGGAGCGGCCUGCCCCGCCCGAGAAGGACCACCCUCAGUCUCCCCUCUCCCCUCUCCAUCACAGCUCCCAGGGGGCCUGGAGAAGACCAACAGCCCUGGCGUGUUCAAGGGCGGCGAUGCAUGGGGUGCCCUUGGAAUCGCUCCCCCUCUGUCCUGACGGGCCCUUUGUGCUUGCCAGCUGUCGUCCUCUCUUCCAACUACCAGGAACGGGGCUCAGGGAGCCUGGGCUCCGACGUGAGGGCCCUGGGUCUGGGCCACCUGUGGCUCCUGGAGGACCAAGGACCUGGGCUGCCUUCUCCUGCAGGCGACCCCCGGCCGUGACCUCCCAGCCCCCUCAACUGGGUUUACAUAGGCAAAUAAGGACAGGAGAAGCCAGCGUGGAGGGUUUGCUUUAAAAGGAAAAAAAGGCAACAAAAAUCCUUUCAUGCCUGACUCUUUCCUCAGAAGGGUGCUUGUUAUCUGCGUGGAAAGCCUUUAAUUACGAGCACUGGCUGCUUCCAGCUCAAAAAGCCUACGAGGUCAAAGAGAGGCCUGGGAGGGCAUCAAAGCAGGAAGCCUGGCAGGAAGCUGGCAGGAGGGGGGAUGCCAGGCUGGCAGAGAGGGCUGAGGCACCGGACAGAAGUGGGGGCCAGGCUUCCGUGUCCCGGGCUCCUGGGCCUGGGGUUCUGGACUCUGCAUGUGAGGGCAGCCAGCUGUUCCAGAUGUAGCAGGGAGGGGCCCGGAUGUGAGAAGAGGGUGGGGGACCAUUAGGCUAUCUCUGAAGGUGGGGUUUAAUUCCCUUUAAUAGUCUCUAAUUAUUCCCUUCCUUCUGCCGGCAGUGGGAGGGAAAGGCUUGCCCAGGCUCCCUCAGCAACCCCCAAGACCCGGAGUGUAGCUUGGGUUUCACCUGUGGGUAAACCCCUGUGACAGCCCUGUGUCCCCUCGUCUAGAAAGGAAGAUACAGCUGCCACAGGGGUCAAUGCUCCGGCCCCGGGGAGGUCACCAGGCCGUGCACAGGCAGGCAGGCUUGGCCAGUGCAGGGUGAGAGGUGGCCCUUGCCCCAGACAGGCCUGGGCAGCAGGGAGCAGACCUCUGCUCUGUCUCCCACUGCUUGAGGGGCCACCUCGGGGGCCCCCAGCCCCUGGGCCUUCACCUUCGGGGUUUUCAGCGGCCCCUGGUGAGACCUGGGCUGAGCCCGCUGCUGUUAAACUCUAUUAGGAAUCAGACACUUACAUGGAAACCCAACAUAGGAAACGAAUAAAAAUGGAACCGCUCUGGUGUAAGGUGGCGAGGGCGGCGUACCUGAACCUUCCCCUUCCAGAAGGCUCUGUCGGGGCCCCGUCUGCAAGCCCCUGGUCUUACCUGCUCAUUCUCUGAUCGUCAUCAUGAGGAAACGUAGACUGAGCCAAGAGGAGAAGGGAGAUGUUCAAGGGCUGGGACCCCAGGGGUAAAGGGCGGAGAGGGGAGGGGGCACUGCAGAGAAAUGGGGAGCAAGUCCCUAGAGCGGCACUGGGUGUGCGAAGCGCUGGGAUUGCCACAGGGGCUGCUGGGGGACACUGAUGUCCCCUCUGAAAAUGACCGGGUGACCGGUCACCUCCUUUCUGAGUAAUAAAAAUGUCAACAUGCAUUUCUUCAA